AUGGACCGAUUUAAUGCCGAAGCUGCGAUGUUCGAGGAGAGAAAUCGAGUGAAUUCGAAUCACCUGCUCAGUAUGGGAGGCGUCACCUGCACGCGGCAGAUGGCGGACAAAAAAGCACCGACCCUCUGCGGCCGGAAACUACGCACAAAGCGAAAUGGGACACGGGACCCUCCGGGAGAUUUGAAAGCUUUCGGGAACGACGGAUCGAGCAGAAAAGAGUUUUCAUGGCGGGCGAACACAACU